AUGAGAUCUAUUAAACUGUCGGUGUUGUUGACGUCCAUCACAUCAGUUGUUAUCAUCAAUAGGUCGACAAAGAAUUUCUGUGAAGAAUACAUAAAAAAUGGUCAUAAAAUUGAUUUUGGAUUUCGAUUUUUUGAAGACACAAAUUAUGAUAAGACAGAGUCACGCAAAUACUUUAUCAUCGGUAACACCAGUUGGCAGUUGACAUACAUCGAUGGCUCCGAUAAAACUGUUACCAUUGAUUCAUUGAACAUUACCGAUGAUUUUGACUGGUUGUCCGGUAAACAGUACACCAUGGCCUGGACAACAUUUACAAAUAAAUUAGAUUCACGAAAUCUACCUGUUUACUGUGGUUUGCAGAAAGAUAUGAAAUCUAUUGAUUGGUGGUUUACAUACAAUAUUAAUAUAGUAGACAAACAUUUUUUGACUACAUCGACAAUAGUAUUUCCAACAAAUUUUAAGCCCAUAAUUGUUUGGUCUCCGAUUCCUAUUAGAGAUCGCAGUCCGAUCGUAACAUUUUUGGACAACAACUCAACACUUGUAUAUGAUUUUUCAAAUUAUUCUCAUCCGACCAAUACAUCGAAGGUAAACACACAGCAAAUGUUUGUCAUUGAAGGAAAACGAGAGACAGAAAUCAAUAAAGUAACAAAAUUGAUGGCAAUUUUCAGACAGUAUAGUCAGUAUGAUUAUAACAAUGGAAAGGGUGAUGAAAUGGGUGGUCAAGGAUCCAUUGUAUUCACCAAUGUAGCCAACAAUACUACCAUCAAAUACUGUUAUGUGGGAAAUCCAUACAAUGAGACGGCCUGUAAACCAGAAAAUUUGAAGAUUCUGAUCGACUGCCGAUCCCAUACAACAACAACAACCAUAUCUAUUACAACCAUACCUACACCAACUGUUUGGUUUAAAUGGUUGAAAACUACAUUACUUAUUGCGGUUAAUGUAAUCCUAUUGAUACUCAUCUGUUUGAUGAUAUACUUAAUAUACAAUCAAUGGUUACAACGAUACAGAAAAUGA